UAAUUACUAAGAAGAGACAAACACAACCUGAGCAAAACAGUUAGUACACAGUAUCGAUUUGUAGCUUUAGCAGCGAACAACACUCUGCUGCACGGUUCGUGACAAUCACAAUAGUUGUACUUGAAGUGGUAAACAGAGCGUUAUUAGUCCGCCGCCAUGUACUGGAUCAUCGCCGUCCUUGUGCUGCUAGCGUUCGACGUCAACUACUACGUCCGCUUCGUCUUCACCCAGCUCUCGCUGAACAUCUCCAACCUGUUCCACAAGAAGCAGCUAACCGACACGGUCACGUCGUACGGCAUCUGCACCACGCAGGACAUCGACAUCUUCCUCGAUCACAUGAACAACGUGCGGUUCCUGCGCGAGCUCGACUUUGCCCGGUACCACUGGUUCGGCCGAACAAAGUUCUGGUCCAAGCUACGCUCGCGGGGAGCUUCCUCGGUGCAGGGCGCAACGUCGAUCCGGUACCGGCGCAUGAUCGGACUGUUCCGGCCGUUUCGCGUCGAAACGCGGCUCGUUUGGUGGGACGAGCGCAGUUUGUACCUCGAGCACCGGUUCGUCACGCUGACGGAUGGGUUCGUGCGGGCGGUGGCCAUUUCGCGGCAGGUGGCACCUGGAGGGUUCAACAUGGGCGAGCUGAUUGAACAGUUUGACGAGUGUCGCGAGAGGCCGGAUCGACCGGAGGAAAUUGGCCACUGGCUGGAGGCGAUCGAGGUGUCUAGACUGAAGCUAAGAAAGGAGCGAUGAGGGUGCAGUGCCGAGUGAAUCAGUGGUACCAAAUAUUUGUACUUGGACAACUGGCAAACCAGUAUUAAUGAAGAAUACAAAUAACCAAGAGGGCGUCAUCUUAAAUUUGA